AUGUUGCAGUGCAUUUUCCUUCUCUCCGAUUCCGGAGAGGUAAUUCUCGAGAAACAACUCACCGGUCACCGUGUUGAUCGCUCCAUAUGCAACUGGUUCUGGGAUCACGCCAUUUCUCAACCCGAUUCCUUCAAGCAACAACCUGUGAUUGCUUCUCCUACACAUUAUCUAUUCCAAGUUUUUCGUGAAGGAAUCACUUUUUUGGCUUGUACUCAAGUUGAAAUGCCACCUUUAAUGGCUAUUGAGUUUCUUUGUAGAGUUGCUGAUGUAAUCAAUGAUUAUCUUGGGGGAUUGAAUGAAGAUUCGAUUAAAGACAACUUUGUUAUUGUAUAUGAGCUGCUGGAUGAAAUGAUAGACAAUGGAUUCCCACUAACUACAGAGCCUAAUAUCCUGCAAGAGAUGAUAGCUCCGCCAAAUAUUGUUAGCAAAGUUUUGAGUGUUGUGACUGGCAACAGCUCCAAUGUGAGUGACACCCUUCCUGGUAGUACAGCAUCUUGUGUUCCUUGGAGAACAGCUGACCCUAAGUAUGCCAACAAUGAAGUUUAUGUAGAUCUUGUCGAACAAAUGGAUGCAACAAUAAACAGGGAUGGUGUUCUGGUGAAAUGUGAGAUUAAUGGCGCGGUUCAAGUAAACUCACACAUCACAGGUCUACCUGAUUUAACUAUUUCAUUUGUGAAUCCGUCAAUCCUUGAUGAUGUGAGGUUCCAUCCCUGUGUUAGAUUUCGGCCUUGGGAAUCCAAUCAAAUUCUUUCAUUUGUGCCUCCUGAUGGACAAUUUAAGCUAAUGAAUUACAGAGUUAGGAAAUUGAAGAGCAUCCCAAUAUAUGUAAAGCCACAGUUGACUUCAGAUGGUGGGACAUGCCGUCUUAGUGUAAUGGUUGGCAUGAGAAACGAUCCUGGAAAGACAGUUGACUCAGUUACCAUUCAUUUUCAGCUACCUCCUUGCAUCUUAUCCGCUGAUCUAACUUCAACUCAUGGAACAGUAAACAUUCUUUCCAACAAGACGUGCACUUGGUCCAUUGGUCGGAUCCCAAAGGAUAAAUCCCCUUCAAUGUCUGGAACACUAGUACUCGAGACUGGAAUGGAACGCCUUCAUGUUUUUCCUACAUUUCAAGUGGAUUUUAGGGUUAUGGGUGUCGCCCUCUCUGGUCUGCAAAUAGACAAACUGGAUCUGAAGACUGUACCCUACCGUUUCUACAAAGGCUUUCGAGCUCUUACCCGAGCAGGUGAAUUUGAAGUCAGGUCAUAG